UAUGAGUUCUCGGGUUACCAUGUCGGUGCAAUGGGAAAUUGUCCUAAUGAGCUUCUUUCUGUUCAGUACCGCCCAGGCUGGAGGAUAUUGUGGACCGAACAAGAUGUAUGCGUGUGUGCCCACGCUUUUUUGUAAAGAUGGUCGCAGCACGCAAAGAAAUCCCGCUGCUUAUUUCAACAGGCAGUGCUUUUCGUUUGAGACUUGCUGUGACGUUAAUAGGGUAAUUUAUGGAAUGCGGUACACUGGAGGAGAGUUCGAGCCUGGUCCAUACGAACAAACCAGCGAGCCAUUCAACAAUGCAGGUGGAAAAACUUCUGGCACAAACAGUCAACAGUCAACUGGUAAUACGGGUGGAAAUAGUCCGACCUUAAAAAAAAAGGGCGGAGUGUCAUCUAUAACAAACAUUCAAAAUACUAAUAAUAGCGGAGGCAAAACUUUUACAACAAAUAGUCAAAUGCCUACUUAUACGAUGAAUAGUCAGCCAUCCAAUAACGCAGGUGGAAAAACCAAUACUGCAAACAAUCAGGCACCCAGUGACUCAGACGGAAAAACUUUUACACACAGUACAAAUUUCCAUGCUCAUAAUUAUCUUAACAAUAAUUCCGGAAAAACUAAUUUAGGAAACCCACCUACGGCUAAUACUAAAAAUACAAAUAGUCCAACUUAUCAUCAUUAUCAAAAUGUUAAUUACAAUCCCAGUGGUAAUUCAGGCAGCGAUGCUGGAGUUUAUAGACAGUCUUGAAACAUUUAACUAAUAAUGCAGUAAAUAUAUCCCAAUUAAAAGAUUAUUCAUAAAUUAAAGAUAAGCAAGAAAGCGAUUCGAAACUUUUAAUAAAUAAAUACAUAUCAAACAGCAGUAGACAUGGACCAACGCUCAAAAAAACUGGUGAAACCUCGAUUCAAGAAAUGAAAAGUGCGGUCUGAAAACCGUCUGGAAAACGGGGGAAAGCGAUGGAGAGAAAGGUCAGCUAGACCGCUGCAGCUGUCACCAUUGACAGGAAGUCAAAAGUUAGCGUCCCCCAAAAGCGGAACUGAAACUGACAGCAACAAACACACUCACCCACUCGCCUCAAGGACAGCCGAAAAGAAAAUCAAGGCAUGACAGAAAUAAAGGACAAAUAUCUAUAAGAAAAUAAAAACCGAAAUUUGAUUUCCA